AUGGAUCUUCCACGAUUCUUCAGAACAUCAUCAAGGAGAGAAAUAAACACAGGCGGAAGUUCCAAAAAACUGGUAAUUCCUUCCACAAGCUAUACAGAGACCUCCUCUCAAAUCUCAUCGGCAAAUACAUCGCAGAAGCACGAAACCAAACAUGGCAGGAUAAGCUUGCAAACAUCAAGAAGACGGACCACACACUUUGACAGACUUUCAAAAUUACUAGCCCCAAAAGCCGAAAGUUUGGCUGUAAACUUCGAAAAAGUAUACAACUCUACAUGGAACACAACUUCUUCUUCCAUCGAGCAUAAGAUCGAAGGACUUGCAAACCACAAACUCAUAGACGACAGCUUAAACUGCAUCCCUUAA